GCGUUGCUUUCUCUGAGUUUUUUGUUUUGUUUUUUUUCUAUUACAAAAUGCAGCCCAACGAACAUAUUAGGAAAAUUGUGAAAAUUCUUAUAUUUGCAUUUUUAUGCACCGAAAUGCAGACAACAUUUACUCAGCGCAGUGUGGCACAGAAGCGUGGCAUUGGCAGUGAUUCGGCAGUGUCGUAUCAAGCCUCGAUACGUCUAUUGGCCGAUGAGAAGGAUUACUUUGGCAAGGGACACAUUUGCUCUGGAGCUCUGGUGGCUCCGGCUGUGGUAAUAAGCACCAGCGAGUGUGUCUACAACUCAAACACUAAGGCUUACUAUCAUCCCUCCGAGCUGCGUGUCAUAAUGGGAAGCAGUCAACGUUUCGCGCCCAGCAUUCAUGGCAUUAUCUCUGGUGUAACACAUAUCUAUGAGCCACCCAAGGAUAUGGCUAUAGCCAUACUAAUGCUUGAUAGGGAUAUACCAGCCGAUCAUCCACAAAUAAAACCGAUAUCAUUAGUCGAUGCCUGGUCCAAGCCCACGAACUAUGGUCAGGUUCUGGUCAGCACUUGGGGUUCUGAUGCCAAGAAUCGUGCUGUACAUGAGCUAAUCACAGUGAAAACUGAGACAAACCUUGAUACUUGUCACAAAAUUGGCAUUUGUGUCUACCUAAAUCCCAGUGUGCAUAUAGAAAUUGGAGCCCCAAUGCUUGGCAGUAAUGGCAAAUUGGCAGGCCUAAAGAGUUCACAAACACAGAAAAUGUUCAUCAAUGUGGCCAGUCAUGUGGAUUGGAUCCAAAACAUGAUUGGUGAUGGUACCAAUCAGAAUAGUUGUAUAUGGGGUAUAAUGGGUCUCAUAGUCUUUACUGGCUAUGUUCUUGUGGUUAGCCAUAAGAGAUAAAGUUAGGUAUAGAAUAAGAUUUGUUUGUCUUUUUUUUUUUUUUCAUUUACUUUGUAACAUGUGAUAAUCUCUUCUUCGAGUUAUAAGAAUAUUUACAUAAUAUACAUAUAUAUAUAUUUACUUACUUA